UCCAACGUCGUCAUGUGGACUAUUUCUUCCUAUACAAACUCACAUUUUCGUAUAUAAAAUCUACACAUUUCACUGAGUUUAAUAGAAAAAUGGGAUCUUUGAUGCACGAAUUCAAGAGGCAAGCUUCCUUCUUCUUGAAACAGAAAAUCAAGACUGCAAGAUUGGUUCUCACAGAUGUUACUCCCGUCCAAAUAUUGACAGAAGAAAUAACAAAUGGAGAUUCAAUGGCAGCAAACACAAACGCCAUGAGAUUAAUAUCACGUGCAGCCUUUGAAGUUGAUGAUUAUGAGAGAGUUGUUCAUAUUCUGCAUCAAAGGUUGUCCAAAUUUGAUAUGUGGAACUGGAGAGCCUCUUACAAGGCUCUGAUUUUGUUGGAACACCUUCUGACUCAUGGACCACUGAGGCUAGCUGAUGAGAUUGAAAGUGAUGAAGAUAUUAUUAGAGAGAUGGCAAAUUUUCAAUACGUGGAUGAGAAAGGGUUCAACUGGGGAUUAAGUGUACAGAAGAAAUCUGAAAGAAUUCUGAACCUUCUUGAAGAUAGGUCAUAUCUCAGAGAAGAGAGGGCUAAAGCAAGAAAAUUAAUAUUUGGAAUCAAAGGUUUUGGAAGUUUUGGCAACUGGCCAGCAGAAGGGAGCCUAAAAGAAGCCACUUUUGAAAAUUAUUUGAGAUCAAAUUCUCUCUUCAAUGACCAUUAUGCAGAGGAAUUGGCAUCAAAUGAACACACCAAUCUAUUAUCCAUGGAAAGGGCUGCUAAAAAUACAAAUACAAUGCUUGAUUAUGGUGUAGAAGAGGACCAUCCAUUCUGGGAGAAAGAGCACCAGACUAGAGUCUCCCUACUUUCAUCAGUAUAAUGAAAUGUCAUGAACUGACCGAUCAAUUCUUUUCAUGUUGUUCUGUUCUCACCUUGAGAAAUAUGUUCGGAAAGAGGUAUGAUCGAUGACUAGCAGAAAUUAGUAAUUAGAACUUGUCCAUUAUAAGUUUGUAGAUACUUAUGUUUCUUCGGUUCUUUCGAGGUUUGGUGAGUGAAUAUAGAUGUCCUGUACUCCUCUUACAAUAGAAUCGACAAUAGUUUGUUGGUGUUAAUUUCAUGGAUUGAAAUAUAUGCAUAGCUUCCUCUCUGUUUCAUACAGUUUAUAAAGCGUGAAAGGCCUGAUUUGUUUCUUCA